CCACUGAUGCACUACUGGUACCUCUGGCUGGACACCGCCUUCCCGGCGCGGGGUGUGCGGGGGCUGAAAACCAUCCUGAAGAAAGUCUUUAUCGACCAGCUGGUGGCAUCGCCCACCCUGGGUGCCUGGUACUUCCUCGGCAUGGGCACGCUGGAGGGCCAGUCUCUAGAGGAGAGCUGGGAGGAGCUGAAGGAGAAAUUUUGGGAGUUUUACAAGGCUGACUGGUGCAUCUGGCCGGCGGCUCAGCUCAUGAAUUUCCUCUUCGUCCCAACCAAGUCACGGGGGGGUUACCUGAACCGG